AUGGUUGAAGGUGCUAGAUUGAAAUUUAUUUACACCCACCAAACCGAAUUUAGAGCUGAGAUCUACAAUGGGCUUCGGGAUGCCAUUUUCAAUGGCGAGACCAAUGCUGCCUCAAAGGGUAAGAGAAUUAUACUGUCAGCAACAUUUACUGGUAGGCCAAGAUACAUGAUUCAAAAUUAUCAAGACACCAUGACAAUAUGUAGGUGCGUUGGUUAUCCAGAUUUAUUCAUCACUUUUACAUGCAAUCCGCAAUGGGACGAAAUACAACAAUAUUGUAGAAUGCAUAAAGUCAAACUAGAGGACAGGCCAAACAUGAUUUGCAGACUAUUCAAGGUUAAAGAGGACAUGAUGAUUAAAGAUCUUAGAUACAACAAAUUAUUUGGUGCUACAAAAGCAGAAUUCCAAAAGAGGGGACUCCCACAUGCACAUAUAUUGUUAUUAUUCUUGCAUGAACAAGAUAAAUACCCAACCUCUGCAGACAUAGACAAAAUCAUAUGUGCUGAAGUUCCUGAUGCUGAUGUUGACAAUGCAUAUUACGAGGCUGUAAAGAGUUUUAUGCUUCAUCCAUGUGGUCUUAGCAAACCAACUUCGCCUUGCAUGGAGGAAGGUCGCUGCAUCCGUCAUUUCCCUAAGAAGUUCAACAAAAUGACUAUAGUUGAUGAAGAUGGUUAUCCAGUAUAUAAGCGUCGAGACAAUGGACGCACGGUGGAAGUUUCAGGAAUUCAUCUAGACAACCGAUAUGUCGUGCCACAUAAUAAAAUGUUGUUGCUAAAAUACCGUGCUCACAUUAACGUCGAAUGGUGUAACCAGUCAAGAUCUAUCAAGUAUUUGUUCAAAUUUGUAAAUAAAGGAAGUGAUCGCAUCACAGCCUAUUUUUCUACGAAGUCCACCGAUGGUAAGGCAACUUUAGAAGUUGAUGAAGUGAAAAUGCUUUACGAUUGUCGAUAUAUAUCUCCUUGUGAAGCUGCUUGGAGGAUCUUUUGCUAUGACAUUCACUACAGAAAUUCAUCGGUUGAGAGGCUAAGCUUUCAUUUUCCGGAUCAACAACCGGUUGUAUUUACAGAUAAUGACUCAUUGGUUGAAGCUGUUACAAAGGCAACUGUUAAAGAGUCCAUGUUUCUAGGCUGGUUUGCAGCAAACAAAACAAAUGCUGAAGCUAGAAAACUAACCUAUAAUGAGUUUCCAAGAAAGUUUGUUUGGAAAUCAUCUCUGAGAGCUUGGGAACCCAGGAAAAGUCAUCAGGUCAUUGGAAGGAUGAUCUUUAUACCCCUAUCAUCCGGUGAGCUAUAUUAUUUAAGGUUGUUGUUAAACAUUAUAAAAGGACCAACAACCUAUGCAGAUAUCAGGACUUACAAUGGUGCAAUCUACUCAUCAUUUCAAGAUGCAUGCUAUGCACGUGGUUUGCUAGACGACGACAAAGAAUAUAUUGAUGACAUUGAAGAAGCAAGUCAUUGGGGCUCAGGUCAUUAUUUGCGGAGGUUAUUUGCGACACUACUAUGGUCUAAUUCAAUGGUGCAAUCAGAAGUUGUCUGGGAAAAAAUCGCCAUCCUAUUAAGUGAUGGAAUUUUGCAUGAUCACAGAGUCAUGUUUGGCCUACAUGAUAUGCUUUUCAGUGACGAAGAAUUAAAGGAUCUAACCUUGAUUGACAUUGAACAAAUAUUGAACAGUAACGGAAAGACUUUGCGUGAUUAUCCAACCAUGCCAUUUCCAUCAAGAGAUAUCGACCAUCUUAGGACGCGAAACAAAAUAAUCUUUGACGAAUUAAAUUAUGAUCGUGUUCUGUUAGAAAAGCAACAUAAUGACUGCCUCUCAAAAUUGACUGCGAGCAAAAGGGGCGGCAUUGCCUCUCUACUGUUAUCUGGAGGUCGAACUGCACAUUAUAAGUUUGCCAUAACAUUAACUCCAGAUGAGUUCUCUACUUGCAACAUUAAGCAAGGAAGUUCAUUAGCAGAAUUAAUUGUAAUAGCUAAGCUAAUUAUUUGGGACGAAGCUCCCAUGAUGAGCAAAUUCUGUUUUGAGGCAUUGGACAAGACAUUGAAGGAUUUGAUGAGAUUCAAAGAUGAUCAUAACCAGCACUUGCCGUUUGGAGGUAAAACAAUUGUUUUUGGUGGGGAUUUUCGACAAAUUUUGCGUGUCAUCCCAAAAGGAACAAGACAAGACAUUGUUAAUGCGUCUUUAAACUCUUCAUACCUCUGGCAACAUUGUGAAGUAUUAAAGCUGACUGUAAACAUGCGAUUGCAAUCUAUAACUACAGAUGAUCAGGUAGAAGGUUUAAAGCAAUUUGUUGACUGGAUACUUCAAGUUGGCAAUAGAUUAUCUGACAGAUCAAGUGAUGGCUGCAAUAGCAUUAACAUACUUCCUGAAUUCCUUAUCACUAAUUAUAGUGAUUCUAUUAAGGCAAUUAUGGAGGCAAUCUAUUCUGAUCACAUUGGUGACAUGUGUAAUGAAAGCAACUUGAAAGGUCGCGCUAUCUUAGCUCCUACAGUUAAUGCUGUAGAUGAGGUAAAUGAUUAUAUGACUGCAAUGAACAGCAAUGAAUGCAAGACAUAUGUUAGUUCCAAAAAAUGUCUAUCUGAGGGAGGUAGCAAUCAAAUUCAAGCUAUGCACACACCAGCGUUUUAG